AUCUUCUCGAGAUAAGCAAAGAAACAGGAGCAGAAGUUACCCGUAAAGCAAGAGAAGAAUGUGUGAGUGAAUCAAGUUAUAUAUUAAAACUUCAAGUCAAGCAACCAGUUAGAAACUGACAUGUGGUGUCAUCUUGGAUUAGCCAGGAUUCGUGGACCAAGUGAAGAGGAAACAGAGGAAGGGGCCUGGAGCAUAGAUGAUGUAACAGCAAUGUUUCAAUCGCCAGAGGAGGGAAAUCGUUGGAAGGUUACUUUUCAAGAAGGAGUGAAUUUCAUUGAGGACAUUUUCAGAGGAUAUCAUUAUGAUAAUACACCAAAAGAAUUCCUCGACUACGCCGCAAGAUAUGACUUAACAUUCCUCACUCCAUGCAGUCGUCAAGUGAGAUGUAAGUCCCAUUUUAGUGACAUCAAGAACAUCCUGAAAAAAGUUCACUUUACCGAUGAAACCACUCGGUCGCAAAGCCGAGGCUGGAUAGUUCUCCCAUCGCGAAGAUAUUUGCAAGCAGAUAUUUUAUUUCCCGGAUGCGAGUUCGAUUGCAGACUCACCAUACGUGAGCGAACAGGGAAUGCAACAGAUCUGGACCAUGUACCCAAAGAAGAUGUAAUACGCGUGUUGGCAGAUUAUCUUUCUGAGAUUACUUUGAAGGAAGACGAUCAAUUUGGACUAAAACUACCCCAGAAGAUACCAGAAGGAUUUCAUUUAACCCACAAGCGGUUUUCCAAACGAAUUGUUUACAAGUCUAAACCAGGUUUCAGUGUCAUUCUAUCGAGGGAACGAUCGUGGCGCUUUGCUGUGGAUGAUAAAGGAUCCACAGAAUCGGACAAUCUCGACCUCUUACAUCGUUGGAAGGAGCUGCUGGUCAUAUGAUGAUUUCGUUUUAUUUUCAUCCGUGUCUGAUCUACACCUACAUUGCGAAUAGUGGGACAGG